AGUCGUACAUUUAACAGUUUGUUUAGUUUUGUUCGCUCUGACUAUAACUUCCAAUCUUCAAGAAAAUGGCGGACAUAUUUUCCCAAGAACAGAUGGAUAAAUUCCGGGUUAUAUUUGAGCAAUUCGAUAAGAAUGGGGACGGUGAUAUAAGUGCCAAGGAGCUGAAGGGGGCCCUGAAGCAACUUGGUCAAGUCACUGACACCAAGAGUUGCAAGAAAAUGAUUAAAGCGUACGACAAGAACAGAACAAAACGAAUGGAGUUCAAAGAGUUCCUGGACAUGAUGGCGAAUGUCUUCCAGUAUCACCUCAGCCAUCCAGAGGUGGCUAAAGAUCCGGCGAAUGCCGAAAAACAGAGAAAACAGGGUCAGACUAACAGCUCCGCUAGAGAAGUUGCCACCAACAAGAGACUAGAGGACUUGUUUGACUCUCUUGAUGGAGACGAAUCAGGUUUUAUUGACGCUGAGGAGAUAAUAAAGCUUACUGAAAAACUUGGAGAGAAGAUGUCACUCGAGGAAGUACAGGAGCUCAUCGGUCAAGUAGAUAAGGACGGAGACGGUCGGGUUAACAAAGACGAGUUUAAACGAUUAAUGGCGUCCAAAUAGUCAGCUUUAUUAAUGGCGUCCAAAUAGUCAGCUUUCGGUUCUCAGCAGCCCCUCAGCAUGACUUACAAUAAUUUGUAAUGAAUAUCUGAAGAGGUAAUAUGCUCAUCAACGUUGAAGUUCGUUAUCAAUGAGAUGACUAUGAGAUAUUGUCUUCAGAUUGCCGUGGAGGAAGUCUACAGAUUCAACAUCAGGAUCGGAAUUUUUUUAAGAGUUUCACGUUGUAAAGAUAAGUUGUAUAAAGUAUUUUUAUGAAGUUUUAGUUAUUAGUUCAAGAAAAUUGAUUCUUGAUGUUGAAUUGCGUUUCUCGAAAAAAUUUCUAUUCAUACUUAAAAGGAAUUUGUGCCUUGAUAAUCUCGGCUGACUGUUUUCAGUUCAAAUUGACAGACAUUUUUGC